ACAAUUUUGAGAAAAGUUUUACAGGAUUCUUUGAGGACCGUCGAGAUCCCAGCAUUACCUCCGAAAGUCAAUCGUUCCAAAAUUCAUAACAAUGGUGACAGAACGGUGGUCAACAGCCCCUUUCUUCCUUCUCUUUUCAAUUUUCCUGUCAGGUAUGGAUGCUGGUGAUGUAGUUCAAGCUCCCAAAAACAUUCAUAUAAUGCAAGGCCAGAGUGUGAUUUUGAACUGCUCCUUUCGUUUGCAAGGACUGGGUACCUACAGCUGGAGAAGGGACGACAUUCCCAUAGACUUUGACUCACCAAGAUACAAACAAAGAAUUACAAAAGCUGACGCUAAUGCUUUCAAGUUGAGGAAAGACGCAUCCAUUCAAAUUAAGAAUAUGACAGAGUGCGAUUCUGGCAGAUAUUUCUGUGAGAUUGAAAUAAUGGGGAAACAGAAGAGUACAGGCAAUGGAACCAUGGUUACUGUGGAACGGCACGCUUGUGACAAAGAAAGGCUUUUAAAAACCUUGCCAUUUGACUGGAUAUGGAUUGCAGUAGCAGGAGGAGUCACGCUGCUGGUCACUCUGUCGCUGCUUGUGGUAAUCAUAAUUCUUGCUCGACGAAACAAAGCAUACGCAUUGCUUGUCAGAGAAUGUUCCUCAUUCGAUUCUGCAAAAGAACAGGAAUUACCACAAAGGAACAAAGUGCGAAAUCCUGCCCAGCAUCAGCGUGAUGAUGCUUACUUUCACUGCCAUGGCAACGAACCCAAACGAAAGAAAAAACGCCCACAUCCUCCAAGGAGAAACGUGGAGUAGAUCUCGUUGUAAUUAAUUUAGUGUCAGACAUCUAGCUCAACCAUCUAACCUUAUCGAAAGAAAGUGUAAGAUAAGAAAGGAGCACAUUACUUCCAACAUUUGGGUUUUGUGCGUGAACUAGUUGUUGACCAUUUAUGUACAUGUUGAAUGAAAACUUAACUAUGUGACAUUCCUUCUUUUACAAUUUAACCUUCUUCAGUCUUUGGUAUACUGUUACCAAUAAGCAACUUAUUGUCAGCAAUAAUUGAUGCGAAUAAAAAGUUUAAUUCCACAAAAAUAAUUCCCAGUAACUGAAUAUUUGGAAAGAUUACCACAUAUAUGUGAUUUAUUUAUUCAAUUUAUUCCAUUUAUUAUUUGCAUUUUCUCCGUGCCAUAUGAGUUUGCCUUAUCAAUCUCAUGUUACAAGUGCUUCCUUCUUAGAUUUCUAUUUCGGCCAUGUACAGUCAUAUUUUCAAACCUGGCCAGGUCAAUGAGUUUCAAUCACAUAGUAAGGCGUCCUCACUGUAAAAAUAACAUUUGGCUAUGUAUGGUUUAUUGUGUCGUUGCACAAAUGCCUAGCAGAUAGCAUUUAGCACUGGUGCCCAAAUAUAUACUAUGGAUUAUCUGCAGGUUUUCAAACCUGACAGCUGGUGAAUGGAGAAGUCAUUUCAAAACCCAAGCUUUCACUAGCUAGUCUAGAAGAUGAGUGAAAAUGCCGUCCCGAACUGGGAAAAAACACACAAUAGAAUGUAUAUGCCAAUAAGUUGCUUCUAACUAACAACUGAAAAUAUGAUGUAAAGUAAAACAUACAGUUGAACUGAUGCAUAUCUACCUCUGUAUUGAGUUUAAAAUUUUAGACUCUUCAGUAGUACAUGAACAUUCUACAAGUAAAAGAUUACAAAACUGGAAUAUUAAAAUUAACUAUGUAUUGAGGUAGAUAUGUCACGACGGAGCAAAAUGUACCAGAUUGCUGUUAUAUGUUCUGUUAUUUUCAAAUUAUUUAUUGUGCAAAACAUUGCAUGAAUAAGUUAACAAGAAUGAUGUUUUCAUAUUUCAGUGUCUUUCUUUAUGGUGAUCAAAUGCCACAGGUGAUUUAUUGGUAACCCGUAUGGCUUAUGAAUAAAUAUUUUAUUCUGCAACAAAUGAGUGCUUAAAGUUAAAUAAGAGACUGAAACACAAGUUUAAAUGUAUGAAGUCAAUCUGCACUUUCACAAUGUGUAAAAUUCCAA